GCGCGCGCGUGCGUGCAUCCGGGGCAUGGAGCGCGUGAGCCAGAAAAUGUCCGGCCUCCAGUUCAACCUGGGCCCUCUGAAAGAGCCGCUGGGGUUCAUCAAGGUCCUGGAGUGGAUUUUUUCCAUCUUUGCUUUCGCCACCUGUGGAGGGUACAGUGGCCAUACCUCCAUUAAAGUCAGCUGUUGGAACGCUAAAAAUGAGACCCUUGAAGCGGCUUUUGGCUAUCCGUUCCGGCUGAACACUGUGUUAUUCAAAGACCUGGAUUCAAAAAAAUGUAACAACACAUGGCUCCCGACCCACCUCGUGGGCGACUUCUCCUCCUCGGCCCAGUUCUUCGUCACCUUCGCCGUCUUUGUCUUCCUCUACUGCAUGGCGGCGCUGGUGCUGUACGUGGGGUAUCUGCACCUUUACCGUGGCGCUGGCAAGCUGCCCAUGAUCGACUUUGUGAUCACCAUGGUGGUCACGCUUCUCUGGCUGAUCAGCACUUCGGCUUGGGCCAAAGCCCUGACUGACAUCAAAGUAUCCACCGGGCCUGCGAUGAUGUCGGAUAUACUUUUCUGCCAUUCGGCCCCAGAUUCUUGCCUGUUCGGUGCAGUGAGCAGCAUGGGCUCCCUCAACGUGUCCGUGGUUAUCGGCUUCCUGAACCUCAUUCUGUGGGCAGGCAACGCUUGGUUCGUGUAUAAGGAAACCAACUUGCACAAUCCCCCAGAAGCUCCGGCCCCAGGCGCCACUCCGGCUCCCGCGGGAAUGUAAACGGCCCCGCUGGGACGCACCAGCGCCACGCACCACCUCUCGGCCUCAACUUGGCAUCAGCGCGGUUCAUCUGUCCUAAGUGUAGUCACCAUUUCAACCGGCUGGGGGCGGGUGGGAAUUGCAGAGACAGCUCGGCUUUCAAUUGCGAGCAGGUGCCUUUGAGUUUUGACGGCAGCGGUGCUUUCACAGGGUGUGGUGGUGGUGGGUUGGUUUUGUUUUGGGUUUUUUUCUGCUUUAUUCUACUGAAAUAUUACCCUGGUUGUCGGCAAGGGAGAGGGGCAGCUUCUUCGCGAGAACAGUGGCCCGGCAAAAUAUCUGUAGUGUCCAGGGCAGUAGUUCUCAAACUUUUGUAUUGGUGACCCCUUUCCCGCUGAGUGCGAUUUCCCCAGCCCCCCCCCUUAUAAAUUCAAAACACUUUUGUAUAUAUUUAACACCAGUAUAAACGCUGGAGGCGGAGCAGGGUUUGGGGUGGAGGCUGACAGCUCGCAACCCCCCAUGUAAUAACCUCGUGACCCCCUGAGGAGCCGUGACCCCCAGUUUGAGAACCCUGGUGUGGGGUCCUAGCCCUUGGCUGGCGUGACCCAGCAGCGCUCUGGUGAACCGAAUAGCGCCGUUGGCAGCAGAUUGGCAUGGAACUAUUGAUUGCAGAUAGGGCUGGUGCGUGCAGACUGGUGCAGCGAGUGACCGAUCGCAGAGAGAGCAGUUGAGUUGCAGACGGGCACAGAGAGCGAUCUGUUGGCCAGCUGUAAUCAGUAGAUCUGUGCUAAUUGGGACAGAUCUGGAGCGCGUGCAUGUCAGUAUCAAGGUGUUCAUUGCAGCAGACUGCUGCUGAUUUCUCUCAGCUGAGUGGCUGGCCCUGCAUUUCAAGAAGUGCCUUUUGUCUUUUACACCCCUCUGAUGGGGGACGGUUUGUAUCUGGGGCACAUGGCAGGGAGGGAAGCUGCAUUUGAAAUACACUAUUCUCACUUUGUACAUGACACACACAACUUCUCUUGGUUUGAAAACCUGCGUUAGCACCAGGCUUCCUCUGUCAUCGGCCCGAACCGAUUCUUCGUUACAAAGACGAGCUUCAGAAUCUCAGCGUUCGCUCGCUCAGGGCAGAGCCGGUCGGGAGUUUUUUGGACUAACCGUUUUUUCCCCACUGCAAAAUGCAGACUCAUCGAAAUGGAAACUUUUUCAAGUUGGGAGAUUUGUCCAAACCAAGCCAGAUACGCCACAUUCUGGGUUUGGAAGAAACAUUUUCUGCGUCAGGAGAAUCGGAGGGCAGAAAGAUUAGAAAUUGUCCACACCUUCAGCAUGAAAAGAUUUGGGGGUUUUGAGUCGUCAUUUUUGGUUUGAAAUUUUAGUAAAAGUGGGCUUCAAAAGAGCUGACCUCAAAACAACACUUUUUAAAAUCAUGGAAAUGAAAUGUUUUGACUCCAACUGAAAUUUUUUCUGUAUUUUUCAACUUGCCAAAAUUGUCGAGAUCUGGGUUUUUCAUCCCAAAUCAGGACAGGAAAACUUCUUGAUCUCAAAAAUUCUCUCCUCGCUCUAUGAAUCUAAACAGAGGUUUGGAGAGCGCUACUGCGUUUUUAUUUUUGGUUCAGUCACUCUUGUAUAUUUCCCCUCCCACUAUUCGCUUCUAGGCUUCCCGUCCAGGGCUGACUUUUAGCAGACGCUUUCCCUGGAGUUUGAACAUCACACCUGGCUGAUUUGAAAGGGAGCUCCUGGCCCCGCUUCUCUCUGCCUGCAAGUAAAAUCUCUUUUGCAUUUCUCUCUGUUUUAUGCUACGUGGCUGCUUCCAAGAUGUAUGCCCUGUAGAGCAAAAGCCUUCUCUGCAUUCUUCGCAGCAGGAGACAAGAAAUCCAUCUCUGAAGUUAAUUGUGUUUGAGUCUGAUUGGUAGACAAGGAAAACCUAUAGAAGGAAGCUAAACUUGGCAGAUCCUCAAGCGGUGUAGAUUAACUCUACAGUGAGUGCCAGUUUAGACCUGUGGGAAUCUCACUUUGCUAGCUACCCUUUCCCAUUAGGACAGGUUUCAGAGUAGCAGCCGUGUUAGUCUGUAUCCUCAAAAAGAACAGGAGUACUUGUGGCACCUUAGAGACUAACAAAUUUAUUAGAGCAUAAGCUUGAAGUGGGUUGUAGCCCACGAAAGCUUAUGCUCUAAUAAAUUUGUUAGUCUCUAAGGUGCCACAAGUACUCCUGUUCUUUCCCAUUAGCUUGGUGUCACAUAUUUGCAGAAAUUUGUGGACAGAGUUAAGGGGGCUCUAGUUCGACCCCCAGAUCUGGGUUGGCCAUUCUCCAACAUCUGCUAUGCAGGAGGUCAGACUGCAUGACCAUCUGAGUUAAGAGCCGAUUGGAAAAUUUUCUGCUAAAUGGUUUUCAGUGGGAAAAUGCGGUUUGCCCCAAACGGAAUUUUUUUGAGAAAUUGUAGCAAUUUUGGGCACAACGUUUAGAUUAAAAAAACACCAAGGGCAGUUUUGCAAACGUCAAAAUCUCCGGUUUGGUCACGUUUUUCAUUAUUCGUUUUGAAAAUUUUCAUUGGUCGUUUUGAAGCAACAUAUUCUUUCGAAAUACGUGUGAGAGAUUGGACAAAACCCCAAGGUCAGAAUUGUUUGGCGCGAGCUCAAAUGAGUGUUGCACCCAGAAAUUCAUUGCUUGAAGAAUUUGGAAAUCUUGGCUUUUGGAUGGAGGGGAGGGAAUUGAAAGUUUGAAAAUUUAUGCCGGAGGGAAAAAACCUCCCAACCAGCUCUUAUGUCUGUGAUCCAAUAUUUCACUUUGCCUGUGGGCUCG